AUGAACUUAUCACAAGGCAUCAAACACCAAAUUGUUCAACAUUUGAAUGAGCUUAAAACGGCUUUUGAAAAAUACUUCCCUAAAUGUGGAAAAGAAGACCACUGGAUUAUGUUCCCUUUCAGUGAAAUUUAUUUCAAAUCUGCAGUUUUAUCAGCCCGUGAAAAAGAAAAAUUGAUUGAACUGAAAACGGACUCUUCACUUCAAGCAGCAUUUCUUGAAAAAAAAUCACUUAUCACCUUUUGGGCUAAUGUGAAAUACGAAUAUCCUGAGCUUUCUUACAAAGCAUUCAAUGUUUUACUACCGUUUACGAGCUCUGUAUUAGUGGAGAGAGCCUUUUCGUCAUACACAUUUAUUAAAAAUAAGUGCCGCAAUAGACUCUCGGUGAGUUCAGACUUACGAGUUUAUUUAUCAUCCGUGGAGCCAGAUUUCAAAAAGUUAAGUGCUAGCAAACAAUCUCAAGGAUCACGUUGA